CCUGGAAAACCAGUAUUCCCUCGUGUUGAACCUGAGGAUCUGCGGUCUAUCCCCCACACCAUUCAUUACGUUGCCGGGCCAACCACUGAAGAAUCUGCCUCCUCUUCCCACAUAUCAGGCCAGAAUCAAUCGUUUCAGCAUCCUUCAGAAGUGUCGUCCUUGAGUUCUUGGCGUCCGUCUCCGCAGAAUUAUCCGUCGUUCUCGACGACGACUGAUCUUGCACAAGAACAAGCACAAUCGCAAGCUGCUUAUUGGAACCGGAACUUGCAAUCUCCAUAUGCGCAGUACCAACUUCCUUGGAAUGCGCAGCACCAGCAUCCCCCUUACCAAUACCCUUCGCCAGGAAGUGCUGGUUUAAAUCAGUAUUCUGCGACGUCGUUUCAUCCCGGUUUCAUUCCCGGCUCACAAGCCUCAUUUCAAUGGCCGCCUUUCGAUCCUCCCCAGCAAGCGGAAGCCUUGAAUGUCCAACCCGACUACAGCAGCGAGCAAACUUUGCCCAACUAUCAAGCCCCUUUCAUCCCCGGACCGUCUGUAUCGCCUCCGCUAUGGGAUUCACAAGCGGGACGUCACUACAUCCUUUCAGCAUCGGGACAAAAGCAGUGGCUGUCUUAUUGA